CACGGCGGUCAUCCCAUUCACAUCCACCCCGCGCGCCCGUUAUACAGAUUUGCAGCCGUAGGGCUAGGAGCAUCCAUGUGGUUCUUUUUGUUCUACCGCGCGAGAUAUGAUCUUCCUGUACUCCUUGGCAUGAGACAUCCAUGGGACCACUGA